CGACCGGUGAUUGGCCGCGAGAGGCGGCGCCAUCAGUUGCCGGGAGGAUGGAGCCGGAGCGGCUCGGCGCGGCGCGGCCGGGAAAGUGAAAGCGAAAGGCGGCGAGUGGACGCUGAAGGUGGCGACCGGGAGGCUGCCGAGGGUUAUCCGCGCCGGGAGCCGCCGGUCUGUGCCGGGAGCCGCCGCCGCGGCCAUGGCGCUGCCCCCCGCCGCCCGCCUCGCCGUCGCGCUGCCGCUGGUUGACCUGGCAGCCCUGGCGGCACUAGCCCACUUAGCCCCGGCGCUAGCCCACUGGGGCGCGGCGGCCGCCUGGCUGGAAGCCGCGCUGCGACUCGCGGUGCUGGCCACCGCCGGGCGGCUCCUUGCCCCGGGGGGACCGCGGGGAGCCGCCGCCGUGGUGCUCAGCAUCACCCCGGCCGCGUUCCUCAGCCUCCGCAGCCUGGCGGUGCCCCGCGGUGCCGCCCCCGCGCUGUUGGCCGCGGCCGCCCCGGCUUGGCUGGUGCUGAGCCACGGAGCGGCCGCCGCUGCGCUGGCGGCUUGGGCAGUGCCGGUGCCCGGCGAGCCCGUGGGAACCGGGGCACCGGGGGGCGUGCGGAGGCUGCUGGUGUUGGCGUGCGGCGAGUGGCCCGUCCUCAGCGGGGGCUUCUUCUUCCUGGUGUUGGCCGUGUUGGGGGAGGCUGCGGGGCCGUAUUGCACCGGUAGAGCCUUGGAUGCCAUCCGUGGUGGGGCCGGACUCACCGUCUCCACCGUCGGGCUGGUCCUCGCUGCUGAUUUGGGCAGCUCGUUCUUCGCCGGCUGCCGGGGGGGUCUCUUCUUUUGGGCACAAGCUCGGCUCAAGCUGAGCACCCGCCACCGCCUCUUCUCCCGCCUGGUACGCCAGGAGCUUUCCUUCUUCCAGGGGAAGCCAGCAGCCGAGUUGUCUGCCCGGUUGGACAACGACGUGCCCCUACUGUGCCAGGCGGUGCCACACAGCGCCAACGUGGGCUUACGGAGCUUGGUGAAGGUGUUGUGCUUGGCUGGCUUCAUGGUGGGGCUGUCACCAAGGCUGGUGCUGCUGGCACUGCUCGAGGUGCCCCUCACCAUCACCGCCCGCAAGGUCUAUGAUGCCCGGUACCAGGCCCAGCAGAGAGCCAAGCUGGACGCCACAGCCGCCACGGCAGCGGUGGUGCAGGAGGCCGUGUCCUCCAUGGAGACCGUGCAGACCUUCGCCGGGGAGGAGGAGGAGGAAGGUCGGCACAGCCAGGCUGUGGCUGAGACACUGAGGCUGACGAAGCAGAUGGACAUGGAAAAAGCCCUUUUGACCCUCAUCCAGCGGGCGCUGCAGUUGGCUGUACAGGUGCUGGUGCUCUGCCAGGGGCACCAGCAGCUCCGCCAAGGGACCAUCACCGCUGGCAGCCUGGUCACCUUCCUCCUCUACCAGGCCAAAGUGGGUCGCUGCGUGGAGGCGCUGGUGUUUGGCCACGGAGACCUGAGGAGCAAAGCACUGGCUGGGAGCAAGGUCUGGGAGUACCUGGAGCUGGAACCCAGCGGGGACAGAGGGGGCAGCCGGGCACCUGCCACGCUGCGAGGCCACGUCGUGUUCCAGCGCGUCUCCUUCGCCUACCCCACGCGCCCCGAGCGCCUCGUGCUGCGGGACGUGUCCUUCGAGCUGCUCCCCGGGGAGGUGACGGCGCUGGCGGGACACAACGGCAGUGGCAAGAGCAGCUGUGCAGGGCUGCUGCAGCGGCUCUACGAGCCCAGGAGCGGGGAGGUGCUGCUGGAUGGGGCAGCGCUGCGGGACUACGAGCACCGCUACCUGCACCGGCAGGUGGUGUCAGUGGCACAGGAACCCGUGCUCUUCUCUGGCACCAUCCGAGACAACAUCACCCUGGGGCUGGAAGGCUGCGGGGAGGACGAGGUGAGGGCGGCCGCUGCCGCCGCCGGCGCGCUCGGCUUCAUCACGGCGCUGGAGCGAGGCUUUGACACAGCCGUGGGGGACGGCGGGGGGCAGCUCUCAGCGGGGCAGAAGCAGCGCAUCGCCAUCGCCCGCGCCCUGCUGCGCAGACCCGCCGUGCUCAUCCUGGACGAAGCCACCAGCGCCCUGGAUGGAGAGGGCUGGCUGCUGCCUCAGCAGUGGGUGCGCAGCGGGAGGACUCGGACGGUGCUGCUGAUCAGCCACUGCCCGCGGGCGCUACGGGCGGCGCAGCGCGUCCUGGUGCUGGCCGGGGGAGAGCUGGUGGAGAUGGGGACGCCAGCGGAGCUGCAAAGCCACCACGGGCCCUACAGCCACCUCCUGCAGCGCUGCCCCGGCACAGGGGCGCCAGAGAGCCCGGGGAUGGGCUGA